CACAGUGCAGCAGGAUCUCCUCUGAAGUCUCUGCAGUCGUUUGUAAGGUUUUAAUGUUUCAGCCUGAGAGUUUAAUGUGUCACGACGUGUCCACACGAGUUAAUGUUUAACUUCUGGAGAGUGGCAUGACGUUAAAACACGACGUGCAUGUUGAAAUCAGUCCGAACAGACCGCCUGAACUGAACACCACGGAGGAGUUUAAAUCACCUUUCAGGUUUAGUUUAUAUAAAGUUUAAAGAAGAGGAUGUCCGCUCUGAGAGCUGCUAAACAGGCUCUGAGGAGAGAAAUCAAGCGACGGGUCUCAGCUCUGAGUGAAGAGGAGAAACUACGACAGUCUCUGGUGGUUUCUCAAAAGCUGUUCAGACAUCCUAAGUAUGUGUCAUGUCAGCGGAUAGCUGUGUUUCUCAGUAUGCACGAUGAAGUGCGCACCGAAGAAAUCAUCAGAGAUGUUUUUAAACGGGGGAAGAGCUGCUUCAUUCCCAGAUAUGAGAGCAGCUCCAGUCACAUGGACAUGCUGCAGCUCAGGAGUGUGGAGGACAUGAAGAUGCUGCCUCUGACGUCCUGGAACAUCCAGCAGCCCGCAGAGGACGACCACAGCAGAGAGGAGGCGCUGUCCGCAGGUGGUCUGGACCUGAUCCUGAUGCCAGGUCUGGGUUUCGACCGUUCGGGAAACCGUCUCGGGCGGGGGAAAGGUUUCUAUGACACCUACCUGGAGCGCUGCAUCAGACACCCUAAAGGGAAGCCCUACACCAUCGCCGUGGCCUUCAAAGAGCAGCUGUGUGAGGAGAUCCCCGUGGACGCCAACGACGUGCUCAUCGACGAAAUCCUGCACGAGGAAGACGAGUAGCCCUCAAUCACCAGAACUUGAACCUGACUGUUUACCUGCCAACGUCAGCCAAUGUUUAACCGACCUCGAAUGUCGACACUAACGGACUGAUUCACUGCAGAUACUUUCAUGUUUGAGCAGAAAUAUUACAGCGGGAACAUCAAAGCUGUGUUUAGACUGAGGAUUCCUCAAUACCAGAAUCUUAAACUUUGAGAUGAUUCCAGUCAAAAUCAAAGAAUAUCAACACCUAUUUGAUACCAUGGCAACACAAAUACAAAUCCUUGACCCCCAA